UGGUUCCCGUGAGACUCGAUAUGGAGAUCGAGGGACACAAACUCAGGGAUACAUUCACGUGGAAUAAGAAUGAGCAAACCAUAACACCGGAACAGUUCGCUGAAGUCCUGUGCGAUGAUCUCGAUUUGCCGGCCAUUGCUUUCGUGCCGGCGAUCUCGCAAUCUAUUCGCCAACAGAUCGAUGCCUUUCCUACGGAUAAUCUUCUGGACGACCAAAUGGAUCAGCGCGUCGUUCUUAAGCUGAAUAUACACGUCGGGAAUAUAUCACUCGUGGAUCAGUUUGAAUGGGAUAUGUCUGAGAAGGACAACACUCCGGAACAGUUUGCACUCAAACUGUGCGCUGAGUUGGGUUUGGGCGGAGAGUUCGUCACUGCAAUCGCAUACAGUAUUAGAGGACAGUUGUCGUGGCAUCAAAGGACAUACGCCUUCAGGUUUGUUUCCAAAGUGAGGCGCCGUUAUCUCAAGUGA